AUCAUUCACUUUAAGUGAUUCUCUCAAGUACUUUCAAAAAGUCCAAGUUUUAAAAUUUGAAGUAAAAAAAUGAACUCAAUCGCUUUGUUCAUCGCUGUAUUACUGAUCGCGCUUGCUGUUGUCAUGGCACUGCCACAUGACGAAGCAGUUUUUGGGGAGAAUUUUGAUUCUGAAAAUUUGAAUCCGGAAGAUACGCAACAAAUAUUUAAGCUGAAAAAGUUUAAAAAGCUGUUUUUGGGAUAAUUCACAAAACUUUAUUUACCAUAUCAUCAGUUGACAAACAACCAUUCACUCCAUAUCUGUUGAACUGAUUUAUGAACCUUUAAUUCUUGGUUUGAUUAACAUAUUCAAUCUUUUCAUGAAUUAAGGUGACAAAUAAACUAAAAAUCAAUUUAUAAAAUUAAA